ACCUCUCGCAUUGCUCCCGGUCUGGUGGAUGCCAUGGAGCAGGGGAAGAAGAAGCAUAUGGGCAAGCUGCAGAAGGUCCUGAGGGAGCAGAAGGCCCGGCUCUACAUCAUCCGCCACUGCGUCGUCAUGCUUCUCUGCUGGAGUGACUGAUCUGGGCUCAUCAGAGGCACAGCCACAAUGUUCCUUCCCUUCAUUAAUUCUCUCCUGCUUUCCUCCCCAUGUUUUUUUCACAUUGGCCUUUACCCUAUGAUGAAGGUUCUCUGUUUUUCUUGCCUCCUUGCAAUGGCAAGGGUGAAUGAUGUUGUAAAGUUGGAGGGUGUUAAUACGGACUAACAGUGUGCUUUUUCCUCUCGAACUCGAUCUUUGCGGCUGCUUGAGCUUC